CGAAAUGCACCGACCCGGAUCAUUCGUUCUGCCGGCACCUGUCAUUGGCCAUCUUUCGUUGGGGACGGGUCCAGCCAGCUCAACGGCAGAACGAGCCUGUCCUUGUCACCGCCAAAGUUUCCUACACGGGACGUGUUAUCAAGCCUCGUCUUUCCUCGACGUCCAAGCAAACAAGGCGAUCCAACUGGCGGGAAGCGUCUCAGAGCAGUCGCGGAGCUUCGCAACGGGCCGCAGCCUCAUCGCCGCGUUCAUCGCCCUCUAGGCCAUCGUCAAUUGACCACUAGCAGCCUUGCGGUGCCCCUCCUUGGCCAAUUGUCCCGCAUCGUCCCACCUUCGCACGAUAAAUAUCGUACGCUGUGAGCUGCUCUUCUUGCUCUCCGCAUCGCCACCAUGGCCGCCAAAGUCGAAGAGGGCGCCUUUGCCCGCCAGUACAUCGACUACAUCUACAUCCCCGCCGCUCUUCUUGUUGUCGGCACCGCCAUUGUCAAGGUCGACUGGACUCCAUAUGCCGCUCUUGUCGCGGUUGCCCUCGGCGCCUGGAACUACCUCAGCUUCCAGGUCAAGAAGGUGUUGAAGCCGGAUGUCUUCCAGGAAUUCCCGCUCCAGGAGAAGACCAUCAUUUCCCACAAUGUCGCUAUCUACCGAUUCAAGCUGCCCUCUCCCCGGAGCAUUCUUGGUCUCCCCAUCGGCCAGCACAUCUCCAUUGGCGCCAAUCUUCCUCAGCCUGAUGGAUCUGUCAAGGAGAUCGUCCGAUCUUAUACCCCCAUCUCUGGCGACCACCAGCCCGGAUUUGUCGACCUCUUGAUCAAGUCUUACCCCCAGGGCAACAUCUCAAAGCACAUGGCCUCUCUCCAGGUUGGCCAGACCAUUCGCGUCCGUGGCCCCAAGGGUGCCUUCGUCUAUACUCCUAACAUGGUUCGCCACUUCGGUAUGAUUGCUGGAGGUACGGGCAUCACCCCCAUGCUUCAGGUUAUCCGAGCCAUUGUUCGUGGACGUGCUGCCGGUGACAAGACCGAGGUCGACCUGAUCUUUGCCAACGUCACUGCCCAGGACAUUCUUCUCCGGGAGGACCUCGACGCCCUGGCCAAGGAGGACAGCAACAUCCGCAUUCACUAUGUGCUCGACAAGCCUCCGGAAGGCUGGACCGGCGGUGUUGGUUUCGUUACCGCUGACAUGAUUACUAAAUGGCUCCCCAAGCCCGCCAGCGAUGUCAAGAUCCUGCUCUGUGGCCCUCCUCCUAUGAUUAGCGGCCUGAAGAAGGCUACCGAGAGUCUCGGCUUCUCCAAGGCCCGUCCCGUCAGCAAGCUCGAGGACCAAGUCUUUGCUUUCUAAACAAAAAGGUGCUGUGCGCGGCGUCCGUGCCUUAGUUAGCAGAGGUGCAUUUCCCAUAGUUUUCUCGAGGAAGCACUCUGUGGUGCGAGCGAUCUAAUAGACCCCUGGCUCAAAACGUUAAAAUGGGUUCAUGUAUAACAUCCUUGGCGAGUGGGUAGAAAUGCAGGAAAAAUAGGAUACUUUGGAAUAGAAUACAUCAUGCAUGCCUAGGUACUAAUGAAACAUGACUAGUGUUUGGUGUGUAUCUAUAA